CAGGCCAGGCAUGGAGAGAGGCAGAGCCACCAGGCAGCGGGAGAGCAGGCCUGCCGAAGCUGGGGCAGACAUGGUUGUGAGGGCCGGGAAACUCCAUGCAAGAUGCAGGCCAGGCAAACCCAUGAGGAGGAACAAGGCAAUCAGAGACAGGACAGGCAAACCCACGAAGAUGAGCAGACCCGUCAGCGACGAGACAGGCAAACCCACGAAGAUGAGCAGACCCGUCAGCGACGAGACAGGCAAACCCACGAAGAUGAGCAGACCCGUCAGCGACGAGACAGGCAAACCCACGAAGGUGAGCAGACUCGUCAGCGACGAGACAGGCAAACCCACGAAGGUGAGCAGACUCGUCAGCGACGAGACAGGCAAACCCACGAAGGUGGGACAUGGUUGGAUCACUGAAUGGUAGAAACUCCUCCCAAAAGUUCAGAAACAGGAAAGGUAUUCUGAAGAUACAUAUUAGAGCCUGAGGACAGGACACCUGGGCUUCGGUGAGCUUGGCUCCAAUGGGCAAAACACUAGGAAUCGUAAGCCUCAUAGCCUACACUAAAAUGAAACAUGGUGAGAUGCUGCUAGAAGAGUCAACUCUGAAGUCCACAACACCUGCCACAUGUAGGCUCCCACCCCUCACCAGAAGGAGAGUUACCUGAGCUGCUACCACUACGGCUGACUAGACUGGUUCCAGCUCCAUAUCAUUUCAGUUUCUGAUCACAUAAAACAGAGAGAAAUCAUAUGUCAUCUGCUUACA